CCGGCCAGGCAGCCCAAUGGAGGGCAUCACAUCCCAGUGGUGUCUGCCCCCAGAGCAGGUGGUCCUGGUGAUUGGGGGCAUCCUUGGGGGACUGCUGCUACUGCUGCUGUUGAUGGGGUUGAGCUGGUGUCUCUGGAAGAGGCUUUGCGCCACGUUCACCUAUGAGGAGCUGUCAGGGGCCACGGCUGCCUCCAGCACACAGGGACACAAGCUCUGCCCACCGGAUGCCAGGACCCAGGCAAGCAGGCCACCAGGUGUACCAUUCGUGGUGCCCCCUUCCCUCCAAAGCCAAGACUGGGUGCCCCUGAGCAGCAGAGAGUGGGCCCAGGCCCCACAGGACCCCUGCCCAGCCCUGGAGCUCCUGCCCCAUGCCACCGGCAGCAAUCUUGGUGAUCCUCCCAGCCCCUGUGUUGUAGGAGACACAUGCGUGGUGGGGACCAUCAAUCCAGCGCUCUACAAGAUCCCGGAGGACAAAAGUGAGACCCACUUCCCUGAGGGCUGCCUGGGGCGGCUGUGGUUCUCUGUGGAAUAUCAGCAGGAGGCCGAGCGACUGCUGGUGGGCCUGAUCAAGGCACAGCGGCUGCAAGCCCCCUCAGAGACCUGUAGCCCCCUGGUGAAGCUCCACCUGCUACCGGAUGAGCGGUGCUUCCUCCAGUCCAAGACCAAAUGCAGAACAACCAGCCCACAGUUCGACGAGCACUUCAUCUUUCAGGUGUCCAGCAAGAGUGUCACCCAGAGGGUGCUGAGGUUCUCGGUGUACCACGUGGACAGGCAGAGGAAGCACCAGCUCCUGGGCCAGGUGCUGUUCCCCCUGAAGAAGGAGACCCUGGCGGGUGACUGCCGGCGCAUCAUCUGGAGAGACCUGGAGGCUGAGAGCCUGGAGCCUCCCUCCAAGUUUGGCGACCUCCAGUUCUGCCUCAGCUACAACGACUGCCUGAACCGCCUCACGGUGAUCGUGCUUCGAGCCAAGGGCCUCCGACUCCAGGAGGACACGAGCUUUGUCAGUGUCCUUGUCAAGGUGUCUCUGAUGAACCACAAUAAGUUUGUCAAGUGCAAGAAGACUUCGGCUGUGCUGGGCUCCGCCAACCCUGUGUACAGCGAGACCUUCAGCUUCAAGGCCGACCCUGCCGAGCUGGACACGGCGAGCCUCAGCCUGACAGUGCUGCAGAGGGCCGAAGGGGACAGGAGCUGCGAGCUGGGCCGGGUGGUGGUGGGCCCCUACAUGUACACCCGCGGCAAAGAGCUGGAGCACUGGAACGAGAUGCUUAGCAAACCCAAGGAGCUGGUGAGGCGCUGGCACACACUUUGCCGCACCACUGAGCCCUGACCCGGGCAGGGACCUCGGGUCUGCUCCAGGAGCCCUAUCUCCCCACAGCCAUGCCUGACAGCCACAGGCCUGGACGCUGCAUCCAGCAUUCUCACUGGGCUGCAGGACCAGCCCAAGCCGGGGGAUCACGAGUGCCGACGUGCAGGAGAGAAGAGGUGACAAGAGAGCCCCGGCCAGGGCAGUGGUGUGGCCGCUGGGCUACAUCUCACCAGCACGAGACGCCCUCCCGACUCAUUCCAUCCUUCUUUACCCGUGGGGCUGCCUGGGCUUGGA